CCUACCUUGAGAGCCCCGUCCACACUACCGGACAGUGACCGUCGGGCACGAGUGAUGAGUCCGUCAUCGCACACUUUGUGGCAACUUUGACGGGCAAACCAGCGGACAGCCCGUGCCCGUAGUUGAGCGAAAUCAGCAGACUGCCCGGUGGUUUGGCGCCAGGCAUAGACCGACGACGCUGUCAGUCUCUCACGGUCUCACCACGCACCACGAGCCACAGCUGGUGGUUGUUCGGUUUACCUCGUCAUCAUGUCUAGCCCUCCGUCCACGUACACCACAGAACCUGCAAACCUCCACUGGUCCAGGCAAGAUACUGUACGGUUAAUAGACCUUUAUCGCCAUUACCCGUGCCUAUGGAAUGUCAAAAGUGACAUGUACAAAGAUAGAGACAAACGUGCAGCAGCACUCAAGGGAAUUGCAGAGGAGAUAAUGAAGAUUACUGCCUCCAUUACCACAAGGGAUAUAAAGCGGAAAAUAGAGACACUACGAAAUCAAUAUAGACGUGAAAUGAGACUGGUACAUAAAUCACAGAAGUUAGGAGCUGGGACAGACGAAAUUUACAGGCCAAAAUUAUGGUGCUUUAAUGACCUGUCAUUUCUGAAUGAUAGUGACACAAUCAGAGCAUCUGUGUCAAACAUGGAUGCCGGUACCAAUCACACUACUGAAGAUGUGGCUACGGAGGUAUGUUCUGAUCAUGAGGAAGCGGAGAGUUCCUCAGAUGUGAACUCGAAUCCAGGUACUACCUUAGACGCCGACGACCCAGUGGCCCAACCCUCUUCUUUUACUUGUUCGUCAGCUGCUAGACCCAUAGGAGGACCCAAGAAAAGAAAACGUCAAGAUGCUUGUGAUAAUAUUUUGUCUUUGAUUGGGGAACGGCUUCAAUCCUCACGCCAAGACGAGUUUGACAUUAUAGGGAAGAACGUUAAUAACAAGUUGCGAAGGCUGUCUCGAGAGCAACAACUUUUUGCAGAAAGGUUGAUAAAUGAUGUGCUUUUCGAGGGAGGACUGGCCAACCUGAACAGAAAUAGCAAGAUUGCAAUUUAACUAAUCAUGACUGAAGACAGAAUUAAAUUUAUUAUUCUGUACUUCUCAUGCCCUUAUAAGAACAUAAGAAUGGAGGAAACUGCAGCGGGCCUAUUGACCCAUAUUGGGCAGUCCCGUUUAUACCCAACCCCUAUUGUCAUAUAAGCAUCCAACCUAUGUUUGAAGCUAUCCA